AUGGAUGCCUGCGCUCGUACUGGCGAUGUGUCUCGAGCGGCCGUUUGGAUGAACAACAUGGUGUCCGGGGAAGUGUUGCCAAAUCUGGUGUCCUACAAUUCGAUGCUCAAGGCAUGUGGGAAAGCUGGUGAUGUGACCUCUGCUUUCGAGUGGCUGGAGGCUAUUGAGAAGGUGCAAUUACAGCCGGAUAUCAUCUCGUGGAGCUCUGCGCUAGCCGCCUGUGGCAAUGCACGGCCGCGUGCUCGCGAUGCGGCCGAGCGGAUUUUCCGGCACUUCGCCCAAAGUGGCCUGGAGCCUGACCGUGUUUUCCUCAUGACUCUUGCACGAGCCGUCGGCCCGAUCCCUGGUGCAAGAGCUGGGAGCGUCGUAAUGUAA